UUUUAUUCUUCUCAACUUGGGACUUAUCCAUAUGUAGACAAGCAAGGCAACCAGCAUAAUGGAGGAAUUCCUCAGCAUGUGAACCUGACAUCUCAUCUAAACAAAGUGAAAUCUGACAUAAUAAGAGUCAUUCCUGAUCAGAAUUUUCAAGGUAUUGGUGUGAUAGAUUGGGAAAGCUGGGUGCCUACAUGGGGCCGAAACUAUAACAGCAAAACAAUAUACCAUAAGCUUUCUGAAGCUGAUGUUUCUCGAAAACAUCCAUCUUGGAACCACAGUCAAAUCCAGAAUGUUGCAAAAAGUGAAUUUGAAAAAGCAGCGAGGGACAUGAUGGAGCAGACAGUCAAGAUAUCCAAUGAAACUAGACCUGGUGGAUACUGGGGAUACUAUCUUUUUCCAGAGUGUUACAACUAUGCUGGGACUCGUCAGUGUUCAACGAAGACAAAGCAACAGAAUGAUAAAUUAAGCUGGUUGUUUUCUGCUAGCACAGCUCUAUUCCCAUCUGUCUAUUUACCUUCUAAGCUUAAAACAAAAACACUGAAACAGAACUUUGUACAUGGACAAAUACAGGAAGCACAGAGAGUAGC